AUGGCUGCUGGCUGGAGUAACUUCCAUGUGGGAAGGGACUGUGGCCAUGUCAAAUGGUCUCGCAACAAUAAGCCUAAAUUAACCGUCACUUCCGGCCAGACCGUCACCUUCGAUGCCAUUGAUAGUAGCAACGGUCAGCUCACCUCGUCAUCUGAUGCGUCCGCUAUCGGAAAUCUAGAUCUCGGCAUCGCCAACCCCGUCUUCGGUCCGAUCUAUGUCGAAGACGCUCAGCCCGGCGAUGUCCUCAAAGUGGAGGUCUUGAACCUCGAGGUCUCCGACUGGGGAUGGUCUGCCAUCAUCCCAGGCUUCGGUCUCCUGGCCGAGGACUACCCCGAGCCCGAGAUCAAGAUCUGGUCUUUAGACCGAGAGAAGGGCUACGCGCGGUUCAAGAACGUGCAGAUUCCUCUCCGUCCGUUCUUAGGCUGCAUGGGUCUCGCUCCCGGUGACGAUUCGGAACUAUCGACGGUUCCCCCAACCCACCAUGGCGGCAACAUGGACUGCCGCGAACUCGGUGUCGGCUCGAUCGUCUACCUCCCUGUUCAGACCGCUGGGGCCCUUUUCAGCUGUGGCGACGGCCAUGCUGCUCAGGGUCACGGCGAAGUCUGUGGUACUGCCAUCGAGACCCCCAUCCGUGCAAGUCUGCGCUUCGAGCUGUGCAAGAACCAGCCUUGGCUUACCGCCCCCCAGUACCAGACCCCACCUCUCGCUCAAAUACAGAAUCAGAUCCCAGAUCUCGGGUCGUACGGCACGCUGGGCAUUGCGCCCGAUCUAUUCGAUGCCGCGAAGAAUGCCACCCGCAGUUUCAUCCAAUGGCUUGUUGCAACCAAGGGACUCACGCGCAGUGAGGCCUAUAUGCUGGCCAGUGUUGCUGGGGACCUUAAGAUUGCCGAAAUCGUCAACGUCCCCAACUACGAGGUCUCGAUGAGUAUUCCUUUGGGUGUUUUCCAUUAA